AGAUAUCAAUCAAUCUUGAAUAUAAGAUGAGGGUAAUUAGCAAGAUCUACAAACCACAAAAACAUUGCAGUGCAAAUACAAAGAGCAUAGGGAGAGAUCGAUCCCAUGGCAAAUGACAAGCCCCACGCAGUCUGCUUUCCAUUGCCAACCCAAGGCCAUAUCAACGCUAUGCUCCAUUUCGCCAACGCCCUCCACUUCAUGGAUUUCCACAUCACCUUCGUCAACACCGAAUUCAACCACCGUCGCAGCCUCAGGAAAGCCGACCCAGCCUGCCUCGCCGGCCUCCCGAACUUUCGCUUCGCCACCAUUCCCGAUGGCGUAUCAUUUCCGGAUGACGACAUCGACAGGAGCCAAGAUUUCAUCGCCCUUUACCUAUCCAUCAAACGCCAUUGUGUCGCUCCUCUUCGCGACCUCAUUGCAACCCUAAACGACCCUUGCUCGGGAGGGCCACGUGUCAGCUGCAUGAUCUCCGACGCCUUCACCACAUUCACACUCGCCGUCACAGCCGAAUUAUCCGUCCCUAACAUCUUCUUCUGCUCGGUGAGCCCCGUCGGCUACUUGGGGAGCUUCUAUAUCAAGGAGCUGAUCCAGAGAAACAUCAUCCCUUUAAGAAGUGAAGAAGAUCUUACAAAUUCUUUCCUAGACACCGUCAUAGAUUGGAUUCCAGGAAUGCCAAACAUCCGUUUGAAAGAUCUACCAAGUUUUAUACGGACCACCAAUCCGCACGACAUCAUGCUAAACGACUGCUGGGAGGAAACACAUGCAUCGCGCGACGCCUCGGCUAUCAUCUUCAACACUUUCCAUGACCUCGACGCCCCGGUCAUCGAGGCGUUGUCAUCGGUGCUAACCCCGCCGGUGUACGACAUCGGUCCCGUGUCUCUGCUUUCUCAAUACAUUCCUGAUCAUAAUUUGCUCAGAGUAAACCUGUGGAAGGAGGACUCAAAUUGCAUCGAGUGGCUGGAUGAGCAGAAACAGGGGUCCGUGCUUUAUGUCAACUUUGGCAGCAUCACCGUGUUAACCAGUAGCCAAUUUAUUGAGUUCGCUUCGGGUUUGGCCAACAGCCGGUGCAAAUUCCUGUGGGUUACUCGGCCGGACCUUAUUGAAGGUGUGACCGCAUUGCUACCGGCGGAGAUCGCUACUGAGAUAAAGGAAAGGAGCUUCGUCACGAACUGGUGCCCACAAAGGGAGGUGCUCUCUCAUCCUGCCGUUGGAGGCUUUUUAACUCACUGCGGAUGGAAUUCUGCAAUGGAAAGCAUAAGCGCCGGAGUUCCCAUGAUCUGUUGGCCUUUCAUUUCAGACCAACAACCGAAUUGUAGGUACUUAUGCUCGGAAUGGGGCAUCGGGAUGGAGAUUGGGGAGGAGGUGAAGAGGGAGGAGGUGGAGAGGUUGAUCAAGGAAUUGAUGGAAGGGCAGAAGGGGAAGGAGAUGAAGAGGAAAGCAUUGGAAUGGAAGGUGAAAGCAGUAAAGGCAGCUUCACUUGGUGGAGACUCGUGGAUUAAGUUGGAGAGAGUUAUUAAAGAGGCAAUGCUGAAGUAAAUCGACGACGUUUGUGGAAAAGAAAGGAGAUUGGUUUCAAUAUCAGCGCUUCUUCACCUCUUAAUUAGUAGCCCAUGAAACGCAAGCCAUUGUGUGCGCUGUAGGGGACAUUGUAAGAUUGACUCCAACUAUGGAGUGUAAUAAUAAACUUUCUCAUUUCACACUAUCUAAUCUAAACUUUUCUUUUAAAAA